GCAUCUGAGUCUGCCUCCGAGACCCCGACAUGGACCCCGACCAGAGGACCGGACCUGUGCACGUCCUGCUGGGCUGCUUCCUCUGUCUGUGUUCACUGAGUUCUGCUGAGAGACGUAAGUACACCAAGGUGAGGGGGUCUGUCCCUGCAGGGGGGGGCUGAGGAUGUUUGCUAUCGUUGUUUUCCAGUAUUCAGUGAUCAGUGAUGGUUAAAUUCAGUGGUUUUACUGGUCUGACUGGUCCCCCUUUAAAAAGGUCUGCAGAGGUCAAAUAAACCAGAGAGGAAAGGAAACAACAGACGGAUUUAAACAAACUAGAUUCACCUCAAAACAGUCAAACAGUCAAACAGUCAAACAGAAGAAAAAUCAAACAAGUCGGAUUUAAAAAACAAACUAGAUUCAGAUGAAAACGUCCUUCCUGUCUGUGUGCGAUCUGAGACUUUGACGGUAAUAAUCUGAGCACCCAGACCUCAUUUCACAACCAGAAACAGCAGUGUGUGUGUGUGUGUGUGUGUGUGUGUGUGGUGGGGGGGUUACUUUGUUAACAGAACAACCAGAGGUAACUUUGUUUACAUCCCGUUUGUUUAAAUUCUCUCCACUUGGAGAGCGAGGAAAACUCUGAGAGCUCUUUGUUUACUCUGAAUCUCCUAAAACAACGACCAGAGGAACAUUUUGUUUUUAUUCUUUUUACUAAAGCGAGUUCUUCAUUUACGGUCCGAGCACUUUGAGAUCUUACACUGUUGCUCCUAAAAAAUGAACCAUAAAAGACUUACAGAUGUUUUUUACUUCAAAAUCAACCUGAAGGUUCUCUGUUUACAUUUGAUCUCCUGAAAGAGAAACUACAGAGAUUUGAUGUAAACACUUUGUUUAAGAGUGUUUGUUUAAAAGAGCCGCUGAAGAACGUCCUCUCUGCUAUUUACCCACGGAGAAGAGCAGAGAUUUAUCUCUGAAACAAAAACAUCAAAUAUUAAAGAUCUCUGAGGCCUGAGGACAGUUUAUAGAGACAGGUGAGACAGGUUCAAAAGCACCAACAUGCAGACUUAAAAAGGGAAAAGUUAAUUUAACAAAAGACUAAAAUCCAAACAACAAAAACGUCCAACUGAGAAAAAACAAACAAACAAACAAACGAACAGGAGAAAACAAACAAAGAAACAACAAGAGACAGGUGAGACACUGAGACACAGCUGCAGACAAUCACUGAGGAGGGACAACACAGGAAGUCAGGGACUGACUACUACAAAAUAAAACAGGAAGUCAAACUUAACCAGAUACACAAGGAGCAGAAACUACAAAAUAAAACAGGAAACGCUAAAAACUGACAACAGGACCAAACAGAGAAAAAGCCAACAGGAAUAAAAGAAGGACGAACAAACAACUAAAAUCACGACUAAAAUACAAGACCAGGAGAAAAGUGACCGAACAGGAAGUUAUCAUGACGUUAGUUCAGUCUUUGGGUUGUUAGCGUGUGGAUUCAGUCAUUUAAGACAUGAAAUUACCUCCAAACUUGUUCGGCUUUCAGACUAAACGAAGUGAAAGAGUUGGACGCUGGGUGGUUACCAUAGUGACUGACAAAGUGUUGCUUUGGUUGGACUUAUUGUUUCAACAUAUAUUGAUUACAUAGAUGGUCGAAGUUUGUUUUCCAGUCCUGGACGCGUGUGUAAACAGAUUCAGAUGUUUGUAGGAAAAGAAAGGUCUCAGUCGGAGUAUUGUACAUGUUCUCUGCAGGCUCUGAAAUGUCCCCACAGUCCUACAGUCAAACAUGUCCCUCUGAAGGACACCGAGAGCGCCUGUUUCUCUCUACGGUGCUGUAAACGAACACAGAGGAGUUAAAAGUGUAAACUGAAGCUCCGACUCAGAAUAAUGAGGAUCAGACUGAAGAACAAAUCGAACCUGCUGUAUCCUGACUCCUCUCUCUUUCGUCAGUGUGCACGGUUCCUCCUGGUCCAGUGUCGGUCCCAGAGAACAACACGGCGGACGUUGAGGUGGUGACGAUCAGCUCCAUCAGUGACGUGUCUCUGACGGUGUCGGUGAACCCUGAGGAUCUGUUUUACCUGAGAGGAAACGCUCUGAUGGUGAAGAAAGGACUGGACUUUGAGGUGAGGACACACACUGAUGUUACAUGAAGGUGAUAGGAGUCAUCAGGACUCCUUCAUGUUUACCUGGUCAGGUGUUUUUAUUGUUAAAUGGCUGAAAACAAAGACCUCUCAGAAUAACUGUAAGGUUGUGCUGAGGGUCAGGACGCUCUUUUCAUGAAUUAAAUGUAAACUGAGGGCCUCUCCUGCUAACAUUAACAAAGUGACUGCAGGUAACGUUUGAGUUGAUAAGGUGCAAACAAAGUGCACUCUUGACGCCCUUACAGCAGAGAAAAUGAAAGAAAAGCGCCCUCUGGGGACCCACUGAUUGGAAACGUAAAUUAAGUUCCUCUCUAGAACAGUCUUUAUCAAGUUUAGUGGGUGACAUGCAAACAAAGGGAAACAUCUAGUUUCCCCCCACAGGUAAAUAUGUAGCUUCAAUGACCUUUUGGUGCCCUGUUAGUAGGUCACAUGUAGAUAGAGCACCCUCUAGUGUCUACUUUAGCAGAUCAAGUGUAAACAAAGUUCCCUUUAGUGGCCCCUGUGAGGGAUCGUUUGUUGACAGAGUACCCUCAGGAUUUUAAUGGGUCAAAUGUAAACCGAGUAUCUUGAAGACUCUAAAAACAGGCAACUGGACCGUGUUGUCUGUUUUUGGAGUCUUCAAGAUAACCAUGACCUGGAUGAAUGAGAAUCUACAUGGAUGUAAACAGAGUACCCUCAGGAUGCCCUCACAGUUUAUAUAAUGUACAGAGAUUGGUCCCUGGAUGCCCCUCCAGUCAAACUUUAAAAAGCAUCUUUGUUCAUGGACUGAAUGUAAACAGAGAACCUGCCUGACGCCCUGUAAGAGGAAGUGUUUUCUCCACAACUCAUCAAACGUUUAAUCAGUGACACAAGUAACAGAUACUCGAGAUGUCAUUAAAGAGUGUGUGUGUGUGUGUGUGUGUGUGUGUGUGUGUGUGUGUGUCAGUCUCUGUCCAGUGCAGCUCUGGUUGUUUGGGUGCAGUGCAGCAGAGAAGGAUCCAGCUCAGUGAGUAACAGAUUUGUGAUUGUUCUUAACAACACUGACAACAUGAUUUCUCCACAGAGGAGGAUUUUACUGUCAGGUUCAGACUCUAAACUGAGGGUUAGAGACCCACAGGACACUCAAACAGGCCUCACCUUUAAAUCUUUAGAUAAGGAAACUCAUUACCUCCAUCAUGACAGUAAGAAGAAACUCUCUGAUCCUGGUCCCUGACUGUCUGUCCUCCAGGUGAACGAGUCCGUCGAGGUUCUGGUUGAGAAUGUGAACGAUAAUCCUCCAAACUUUGCUCAGAAUCACUUCACUCUGGAGGUGAACGAGGUGAGGAGUCAGGAGGAGUUCUUGAUUUCCGCUCUUUCAGGUUAAACGUGGUUUGAAUGUUGGUCUCCUCUCCCUCAGCUGACUGCAGUUAACUCCAGCGUCGGCCUGAUCGAGGCGACAGACGUGGAUUCAGAGCCGCUCUACUAUCGUCUGGAGUCAGCGACAGUAAGACCACAGCUGAUGUUACUCUGAGCUCUGAUUGGAUGUUUUCUGGGUAAAAGUCCCACCACAGAAACGUCUUCAGUUUGAGGUUUAAACAAAACUGUGAUGAGAAUUUCACUGUUAGGCUGACGAUGAUUUACAAACCAUUAAAAACCAGUGAAGACCAUUUAACGAGAUGAUUUUCAAGUCUUUAGUGUCUCUCUCCACGUUAACUCUGUAUUUUUACUCUCUCUCCUCGUUAACUCUGUAUUUUUACUCUCUCUCCUCAUUAACUCUGUAUUUUUACUCUCUCUCCUCGUUAACUCUGUAUUUUUACUCUCUUUUUGUUAACUCUGUAUUUUUACUCUCUCUCCUCGUUAACUCUGUAUUUUUACUCUCUUCUCGUUAACUCUGUAUUUUUACUCUCUCUCCUCAUUAACUCUGUAUUUUUACUCUCUCUCCUCGUUAACUCUGUAUUUUUACUCUCUUUUUGUUAACUCUGUAUUUUAACUCUCUCUCCUCGUUAACUCUGUAUUUUUACUCUCUUCUCGUUAACUCUGUAUUUUUACUCUCUCUCCUCGUUAACUCUGUAUUUUUACUCUCUCUCCUCGUUAACUCUGUAUUUUUACUCUCUCUCCUCGUUAACUCUGUAUUUUUACUCUCUUCUCGUUAACUCUGUAUUUUUACUCUCUCUCCUCGUUUACUCUGUAUUUUCACUCUCUCCUCGUUAACUCUGUAUUUUCACUCUCUCUCCUCGUUAACUCUGUAUUUUCACUCUCUCCUCGUUAACUCUGUAUUUUUACUCUCUCUCCUCGUUAACUCUGUAUUUUCACUCUCUCUCUCCUUGUUAACUCUUUAUUUUUACUCUCUCUCCUCGUUAACUCUGUAUUUUCACUCUCUCUCCUCGUUAACUCUGUAUUUUCACUCUCUCUCCUCGUUAACUCUGUAUUUUCAGUCUCUCUCUCUCCUCGUUAACUCUGUAUUUUCACUCUCUCUCCUCGUUAACUCUGUAUUUUCACUCUCUCCUCGUUAACUCUGUAUUUUUACUCUCUCUCCUCGUUAACUCUGUCCUUUUACUCUCUCUCCUCAUUAACUCUGUAUUUUUACUCUCUCUCCUCGUUAACUCUGUAUUUUUACUCUCUCCUCAUUAACUCUGUAUUUUUACUCUCUCUCCUCGUUAACUCUGUAUUUUUACUCUCUCUCCUCGUUAACUCUGUAUUUUCAGUCUCUCUCUCUCCUCGUUAACUCUGUAUUUUCACUCUCUCUCCUCGUUAACUCUGUAUUUUUACUCUCUCUCCUCGUUAACUCUGUAUUUUUACUCUCUCUCCUCGUUAACUCUGUAUUUUCACUCUCUCUCCUCGUUAACUCUGUAUUUUCACUCUCUCUCCUCGUUAACUCUGUAUUUUCACUCUCUCUCCUCGUUAACUCUGUAUUUUAACUCUCGCUCCUCGUUAACUCUGUAUUUUCACUCUCUCUCCUCGUUAACUCUGUAUUUUCACUCUCUCUCCUCGUUAACUCUGUAUUUUCAGUCUCUCUCUCUCCUCGUUAACUCUGUAUUUUCACUCUCUCUCCUCGUUAACUCUGUAUUUUCACUCUCUCCUCGUUCACUCUGUAUUUUUACUCUCUCUCCUCGUUAACUCUGUCCUUUUACUCUCUCUCCUCAUUAACUCUGUAUUUUCACUCUCUCUCCUCGUUAACUCUGUAUUUUCAGUCUCUCUCUCUCCUCGUUAACUUUGUAUUUUCACUCUCUCUCCUCGUUAACUCUGUAUUUUUACUCUCUCUCCUCGUUAACUCUGUAUUUUUACUCUCUCCUCAUUAACUCUGUAUUUUUACUCUCUCUCCUCGUUAACUCUGUAUUUUCACUCUCUCUCCUCGUUAACUCUGUAUUUUCAGUCUCUCUCUCUCCUCGUUAACUCUGUAUUUUCACUCUCUCUCCUCGUUAACUCUGUAUUUUUACUCUCUCUCCUCGUUAACUCUGUAUUUUUACUCUCUCUCCUCGUUAACUCUGUCCUUUUACUCUCUCUCCUCGUUAACUCUGUAUUUUCACUCUCUCUCCUCGUUAACUCUGUAUUUUAACUCUCUCUCCUCGUUAACUCUGUAUUUUCACUCUCUCUCCUCGUUAACUCUGUAUUUUCACUCUCUCUCCUCGUUAACUCUGUAUUUUCACUCUCUCCUCGUUAACUCUGUAUUUUAACUCUCUCUCCUCGUUAACUCUGUAUUUUCACUCUCUCUCCUCGUUAACUCUGUCCUUUUACUCUCUCUCCUCGUUAACUCUGUAUUUUUACUCCUUCUCCUCGUUAACUCUGUAUUUUCACUCUCUCUCCUCGUUAACUCUGUAUUUUUACUCUCUCUCCUCGUUAACUCUGUAUUUUUACUCUCUCCUCGUUAACUCUGUAUUUUCACUCUCUCUCCUCGUUAACUCUGUAUUUUUACUCUCUCUCCUCGUUAACUCUGAAUUUUUACUCUCUCUCCUCGUUAACUCUGUAUUUUUACUCUCUCCUCGUUAACUCUGUAUUUUUACUCUCUCCUCGUUAACUCUGUAUUUUUACUCUCUCUCCUCGUUAACUCUGUAUUUUCACUCUCUCUCCGUCAAACAGGAUAAGUAUUUCCGUUUGGAGAACAUCAACUCUCCAAGGAUUCUGGUGAAAAGCGUCCUGGACUACGACGCCGUCCAGAAGAUCUCUCUGGUCUUACACGUGCGGGUACGUGAGUAAUCCAUAAAAACAGCAUCCUUACAGCUGUCUGUCUUUGACCUUUGACCCCUGAAUGCGUCCCCUGUUCCAGGACACGUUUAACGGCUCGACCUCAGAUGAGCCUUUCUUUACGUCGGUGGCUUCCAUCACAGUUCUGGUGAAGGAUGUGGACAAUCGGCCGCCGUGGUUUCAGCCGUGCUUGAGGACAAACUUAGGGAUCGCCAAACUGUGCGUGAGCGCGGGUUACAGAGGACGAGUCAACCUGACGGAGAAGGAGGUGAGGCGGCGGUUUGAGCGGUGGGCUGGUUUGCUGAAGGGUCUUUUUGUUGUUCUGGGUUCCUCUGUUUUUCCCUGAAAGUCAGAGCACUUCGUAAACCCUCGUUUUUAAAGCUGCUCAACAUUUGAAGGUUCUUCUUUAUUCAUUUCCACCAAAGGUGAUCCCUUGGUAUUUUAGAGUUUCAGAGGAAAUUCGUCGCCAUGUCGGUGAACCUCGUCUGUUAGAAACUUCAGACUCAGUUUUAGGACCAGGAUCAGAGAAAAGUCCGUCAGUAAGAGGACUUGUGUUGAAAACUGUUCUGGGUCCACAGGAGGGGCCGUUGAUCCUGGAGCCCGGUCCGGUCUUCGCCAAAGAUGGAGACAAGAACCGGAGCGAGCAGAUCAGCUACAGAAUCCUCCGAGGUUUGAUUUACGUCUUUAUUUUUUUAGAGCGUGUGAAGAGAAAUCGACUUUUUCAGAGUAACGUCAGAAAAAAGAGGAUGUUUCAGUCAGUUUAGAAAAUAUGAAAAUGUUUUUUUAAAGUUUUUUUAAAUUUUUUCCAUUGUUACUUAAAAAACAUUUAAAAUUUCUUGUACACUAACAUUUUAAUAAAGUUUUUUCUGUGACUCUGAGUUUGAGAAUUUCACCUUUGAACCGCGUCGAUGUGAUUCAGCGCCAAAACGACCAUGAAAUUAACGGACUGAUCAAAGAAACCAUGACUCUUCAGUUUCUGUGUUUUUAUUUUCAGGAAAUGAAGGAAAUAUUUUCCAGAUCGACGAGGAAACAGGAAACAUCAGCAUGACGAAGGCUGCGGAUAUCGUCGGGCCGAUAACUCUGACUGUCCUGGUAACUCUGAUUUGAUCUCAUAUUUAUGAACAGAAACAAACAGAUGAAGCUCCUACUGAUCUUCUCUGAGCUCCAUGUUUUACCUUCGCUGUCGUCAGGCCUCUCAGGUGACCAACAGGGAUCAGUUUGCGGUGACACAGGUGACCAUGGAGGUGAUGAAGAAGAGCAGGAACCCCCCACGCUUCGAGAAGGAGAGAUAUGAAGGAUUUAUCUACAGCAACUCCGUCCCAGAGAGCAUGAUCCUCAGAGACCGGAGCACCAACAGACCCUUCAGGGUCCGGGCACGAGACGAGGACUUUGCAGGGGUGAGCUUCCUCAUCUGAUACUGAGAAACUAAGAUGUUAUAUUUUCAUAAGACCCCCGGGUCCAGAACAGAGCAGCAUCAGGGACAAAAAUCAGACUCAGCAUAAAAAAGAGGAGCUGAGCAGCAGGUCCAGGGUCCGAGACUUUUACGAAAGGGUCGUGACCAGGAAUCGAACCGGUGACUGCUGAGACCGGGUCUGUGACAAAGGUCUUACCCCCAAUAUCCGCAUCCUGAUCGUCUAAAAGGUCGUAUCCUCCGAUCGUAGCUGAUCGUAACCAUUCAAGUUAACGUGUCAAUUUACACCGACUUCUUUCCGUUCCUCUGCGGAUCGCCGGACUCCUCAGCUGAUCACAAGAGUUCUAUUUUUUCUGGACGCCGGAGCAUGGCGGAUAAAUUCAGCACAGAUUAACCCGUGCUGGAAAGGAAGUCGGGCACAGACACAAAAUAAAACAUCCGGCUUCUUUUCAAAAUAAAACACUCGGAGAUGAACAAGUGAAAGGUUUUUAGACGUCAUUUCACCCCGAUGACACCAUGGAUGAGGAGAUGCUGAUUCUAGAAGUCUAGAAGUAGAUUUCCUCCUCUGGAAGGACACAAUCUACUGCUUAUAUGUCUAUGUGUCUGUCUUUAGAGAGACGACUCGUUAUUGCGCGAUUGGACGGGUUCUUGUGAGUUCUUGCGAUCACCGCUGUCGGUAAUCCCGUAGGAAUUGAAGUACGGCAAAAACUGCUUCCUGAUGUGGUGAAAAUCGUGGGUACGGCCUCUGCAGGGUGGGCUAACGGCGCCGUCUUUGUUUCCCCUGUUUCUGUGUCUCAGGGUUUGAAUCCCGACAUGAAGUACGAGGUUCAGUACAGCAGCUACGUUAACGUCACCUCGGACGGGUUUGUGAUCCUGAAGAGGGUUGUGAAGACAGAGUCCUUCGCUCUCCAGGUGGCUGAUGGGUAAAAUCUUCAAGUAUCACACGGUAACAUGUUUGCUGACAUGUGCUGACUCUUCUUUUUGGACUGCAGCUCCGAGCCGUGGACUCGACCACGGGAGAGUUCGGGACAGCUGCUCUCUCUGUUCAGGUCAUACCAGGUGAGACCGACACCUUUACUAAAUCAAACCCUCCGGACUGUCAGCUGACCUUUUCUCUCUAAUUUCAUUGGUCCACAGAAGGAUGAGCUGGUGCCUGUGUGGACUAACCCUCCCUUCUCUCUAACUCACUCCCUCUCUGCUCCACCUUUUCUUGCUCCUCCUACGUUUCACCAGUGAUGAUAACCCUGUCUGCAGUUUUGGCGGUUUAGAGCCUGUGGUUGAGCGCGACUGUGAGGGUCAAAUCUGUGAACCAGCUCCAGUUAAAGGUGUUGUAGUCAGGAUCUGAUGAAGUUCCAGUUUUUAGCAGAAAUCUUGGAUGUAAACUCUACCCCUCCAACCAGUUUUCCCCUCAGCUCCUCCUCUCCCCUCAAGCCCCGCCCACAAACAGACGCUCCUGCUCGCUCGUAUCGUUCCAAUUAAAUUCAGAUAUAAUGCAGAUAAAUCCUUCAGAUCAUUACAAAUGGGGCCCAGUCAAGGUGAAAGUCAAAAGCAUUGGUGCUACUGUAGAUGCCAACAGACUACCAGCAAACACAAUGUUUGCAGGACUUCUACAACGAGGAUAAAGUGACAUAGUCCAGGACCCGAGGGAGGACAGUUUAGCGAUGGCGCUACAACACGCUACAGCAGGUCCGUUUGACAAGAAACACUUCUGUUACAGACACUUGUCUUACUUUGUUAAAGCGGUUUACCUGUCCAGCAGAAAGGUUACAGGGUCACCAAGAUCCCCAAGCGUCCCCCAUCGUUUAUGUUGACCCGGCUUUUUAGCUCUUGUCCGGUCUACCUCCGUUUUAAGCGCCCGUUAUUCCUCCAGAGUCUCCGGUAUUUACUUUGUUUUCUUGCUUGUGUCGGCAGUCGUAGCCAAAGGAGGAUUCGGACAAUUUUCCGAACUUUCUGGUUGGUUUCUACUGUCCGAUAUUGUAGCACGCUAACUUUGUUUGGGCUCCUGAACGACACCACAAAAACAGAUGCUUCUGUAACGGGUUCCUGUCUAUCCCGCCUUUAACAUGUUUGUCUGGGUGGAGAUUUUGGUAAAACGAGUUAUGACUUCAUGUCUUCCAGCGGUGGCCAUCCCGUCCGACUCCAGCAUCGGGUACCGGCCCGGGGACAUGGCGCUGCUCGGUCUGAUCAUGGCGGCUCUGCUCGUCCUCUGCCUCAUCGUCAUUGGCUUCCUGAUCUCCCGCUUGUUCAAGGGAAACGCCGGCAUGGACAAAAUCUGCGAGGUCAGUUUUCUCUCUCUGUGGUCUUUCUGGUGACACCUGAUGGUCACAUGGAGCCGUGA